AGAAACGAGCCCGCGGCGAGGCGGAGUGAGAGCGGCAUGGGAGCUGCGGGGCGGUCUGGCCUGAGGGCGGUGGUGCUGGUGGCGGCGCUGGCGGCGGGGCCCUUGGCGUCGCCCACCUGCGCCCGCCGCCUGCAGAGCUGCCUGGAUCGUUGCGAGUUCGAGAUGCUGGACCAUCACCGCCUGCUGGUGGUGGCCGAUGACGUGCUGUCCUUCCAGCGGUUCUUCGAGCCCGUGGCGGUGGGCGCGGCGCUGCAGGACGUUACCAGCCUGGAGGUGCGGUGUAGCCAGGCGCUCCUUAGUGAGACCCUGCAGCCUUUCAACCCCGCCUGGGACGCCCUGGCCCCUGACCUCUUGCACCUAGAGCUGCGCCGCUGCCGCAUCAUGUCCUUGGCGCCGCGUGCGCUGGCCCGCCUGGCGAAUCUCACUUCCCUUGUGGUGGACAACCAGGACGAGGGCGGUCCCUUCCUGGCAUCCAAGGGCGGCCUGCAGGGUUUGACGCGCCUGGCCUCCUUCAGGCUGAGCCACGCGCGCUUGGGCAGCCUGGAUCACACGCUGUUUCACCAGAACGUGCGCCAUAACCUGAUCAAAGUGUUCCUCACCCACAACGGGCUGACGCACAUCGAGCCCCACGCUCUGUGUGGCAUGCCACGCCUCAGCGACCUCGACCUGAGCUGUAACAAGCUGGACGUCACCUCACUGGACUUCCUGCAGUGCACGCCGUCCCUCUACCUGCUCAAUCUUUCGCGCAAUGCCCUACAGAGUCUGCCGCGCGCCAGUCUCACCCACAGCCCCACGCUGCACACCCUCGACCUCUCCCAUAAUAAUCUGUCUUCCACGGCGGCGCUAGUCGCUGCGUUCAACGCCACCACCUCCCUGCGGCAAGUGUUUCUCGCCGGUAACCCGUGGCGCUGCAACCGCACGGCGCUGCUGCAACUGCAUGGUCUGCGGACCGCACGCCUGCAAGUGGCGGACUGGCGCCUGCUGGCCUGCAGACAUGGUGAGGAGCGCCUGCUGGUACAGGAAUGGCUCUUUCCGCACGUGGGUGGUGGUGUGCGGGCGUGGCACGUGAUAUUGGGAGUGAUGGGUGUUGCGGGCGGUCUGUGCUGUCUCCUGGCGGUGAGGGGCCGCGUGCGGCGCCUGCCCACAUUUCCCUGGCUCUGGCCCCGCAAGGUGCUGCCCUAUGAUGUGGGGCACCUUGCCCCUGACUCCCCACCAGGCAAGCUUCCGAAGCCCCCCACCUGCGUGUCGAUGCUGGCGGUGCCCGAGGAGGUGGUGCCGCCCCCCAAGGACGCUCCUCUGAAGGGCCUCGUCAACGGUAUCAGUGAGGCGCUGAUAGACAAGGUGCUGAGCGAGUUACCGCGCCCAGUGCCGCGAGGCGAGGAGGAAAGCGCCCCUGAGACCUCCUACGUGUCCUACAAGAGCCAGCUGGACCCCGAGGAGCGGCGUCCCGCUGGGCACCAUAAGCGCCAGCAGGAACAGCAGGCCCUCUCUGCCUCGGGGCCACCACUUCUCGGGGACGCUGGUAACAGUCCAGCAGCCGCGUCUCAAGGGCGUGACGACGAGGACGUGAGCGACGAGAACCUGCCGCUCACCACCUCGGCAGGCGUGGCCACCUCGCCGACGGAGACGCAGACGAUAUCUAUGGCUGGGGUGCGCGGUAUGCGGCAGUACACGGUGGCGUCCUGGCUCACCCUGGAGGCGCCCCAGCCCUCGUCCCGUCCCCUACCGGAGCCUCCGGCCCCCCACGAUCUGCUGGCGGCCAAAAUACAACAGAGGGACGUUUCCACCACCUUCAGCCUCACCAGGCCGCCGCCACACUGCCCCAGUGUGACAGAGGAGGCCCGUCACAGAUCCCCCUCCCGCCAACAGGAGCGCCCACCGCCGCCCGCCAGUCCCCGGGGCCAGACACCUGCACCCAAGGGCGUGAGUGAUACCCGCGGGCCGCUGACCCGGCAGCGUUCAGCGCCCCUCCAGCAGCAGCAGCAGCAGCAACAGUGGGAGCAGCAAGAACAGCAGUCUCCGUCACGCCCCAUCGGUCAGCGGCAUCAGGAAGACGGAGGGACGAGCGGGUGGGCGUGGGAGGCGGGGGUGUGCCGCGCCUGCCUGGCCGCCCUCUCGCUGCCUGACGUGCAUAGCGCGCCCCUACUGCAGCACGGUGCUCCCCCCGCCUGGCCCCGAGGCCCCCACGGCCCGGGACCCGCUGUGGCCGCGGCCUCGCCCCGCAGAGGCCGCGGCCAUGCCGGGUACUCGCCGUUCACAAAGACACCGAUGAGUAAUGUGAGUGAGAGACCGGUUUACCGCAGCCUGGAGAGGGGCACGAGGCGCCGGCCGCUGCCCCCUCCUCCCCACCCCCGCCCCCUGCCCCAGGAUGCCCCGCAUGGCCCCGCUCCCUUCAACCGCCACAGGUCGCCGCCCCCGCGCCACGAGCCACCCUCUAUGCCCUCCGUCAGCCUCUUCGUGCAGCAGCAGGAGAGCCUCAGCCACGCCCACAAAACACGCCGUGAGGGCGCCCCAGCUCUGCCGCCGCGGCAGCAGGAAGUCAAGCCCACCAUGGCGGCGCCCGCCACGCCCCAGGCUCCUCAGGCCUGCGUCACGGACUCUGGUGACGAGGAGGAGGCGAGCAGUUCCAAGUGUGAGGCCGCGCCGGUGCGUUCACGGGGCGGCGGCAGCGAGGACGAGGAGGACUCAGGCAGUGAGCAGGACGACGCGGACAUCGAGACUCACGCCACGCAAAUAAUCGACCUGGCGGAGUUGCACGGCCAGAGCCCUUGCAAGCCCUCCUGA